UUUCCGCCGUCCCUCCUCCCCUCCAAAAACAAACGCCUGUGAGACAGAACAGCAGCCUUCCCCAUGUCCCAGUUUAAGCGCCAGCGGAUCAACCCGCUCCCAGGGGGCCGCAGCUUCUCAGGCGCAGCCUCCACCUCUCUGCUGGGCCCUCCUCCUGGCCUGCUCACCCCUCCUGUGGCCACAGACUUGUCCCAAAAUGCCAGGCACCUGCAGGGCGGGGAGAAGCAGCGGGUCUUCACUGGCAUCGUCACCAGCUUGCACGACUACUUCGGAGUGGUGGAUGAAGAGGUCUUCUUCCAGCUCAGCGUGGUGAAGGGCCGCCCGCCCCAGCUGGGGGACAAGGUGCUGGUGAAGGCCGCGUACAGCCCGGGCCAGGCCGUGCCCUGGAACGCCGUCAAAGUGCAGACGCUCUCCAACCAGCCCCUCCUCAAGUCCCCAGCGCCGCCUCUUCUGCACGUGGCAGCACUGGGCCAGAAGCAAGGGAUCCUGGGAGCUCAGCCCCAGCUUAUCUUCCAGCCUCACCGGAUUCCCCCCCUCUUCCCUCAAAAGCCUCUGAGUCUGUUCCAGACAUCCCACACCCUCCACCUGAGCCACCUGAACAGGUUCCCUGCCAGGGGCCCUCAUGGACGCCUGGAUCCGGGCCGAAGCGAUGACUACGACUCCAAGAAACGCAAGCAGCGUGCUGGUGGAGAGCCCUGGGGUGCUAAGAAACCGCGGCAUGACCUGCCUCCCUACCGCGUCCACGUCACUCCCUAUACUGUGGACAGCCCCAUCUGUGACUUCCUGGAACUCCAGCGCCGCUACCGCAGCCUCUUGGUCCCAUCAGACUUCCUAUGCGUGCAUCUGAGCUGGCUGGCGGCCUUCCCUCUGAGCCAGCCCUUCUCCCUCCACCACCCGAGCCGCAUCCAGGUCUCUUCGGAGAAGGAGGCAGCCUCAGCCCUGGGUGCUGAGCCCAGCCCUGCUGAAGGCACUCCUGCUUACAGCUCCAAGGUACUGCUGCUCUCGUCCCCGGGAAUUGAGGAAUUGUAUCGUUGCUGUGUGCAGUUUGUGGACGACAUGGCUGAGCCCAGGGAGACACCGGAACAUCCUCUGAAGCAGAUGAAGUUCUUGCUGGGCAGGAAGGAAGAAGAGGCAGUGCUCAUUGGGGGCGAGUGGUCUUCUUCCCUGGAUGGCCUCGACCCCCAGGCCGACCCUCAGGUGCUAGUGCGCACAGCCAUCCGCUGUGCCCAAGCCCAAACUGGCAUUGACUUGAGCACGUGCACAAAGUGGUGGCGUUUUGCCGAGUUCCAGUACCUGCAGCCAGGCCCGCCUCGGCGGCUGCACACGGUAGUAGUGUACCUGCCAGAUGUCUGGACUGUCAUGCCUACUUUGGAAGAGUGGGAGGCCCAGUGCCAGCAGAAAGCCACAGAGGCAGCUUCCCCACCCCAGGAGGUGCCACGGGAAGCAGAGCCUACAGAACAGGCCUGUGAUGUGUCGGAGCAAACAGCAGACUCUUCGAAACAGAAUGCAGACCCUCCUGAGGCCACCACCCAGCAGGAAGUGGACACAGACCUCCCAGAAGCCCCUCCGCCGCCUCUCGAACCCGCUGUCAUUGCACGUCCUGGCUGUGUCAACCUGUCCCUCCAUGGGAUUGUGGAGGAUCGGAGGCCCAAAGAAAGGAUCUCUUUUGAGGUGCUGGUGCUGGCUGAGCUGUUCCUGGAGAUGCUGCAGCGGGAUUUUGGCUACAGGAUUUACAAGAUGCUGCUGAGCCUUCCUGAAAAGGCCGUGUCCCCACCAGAACCCGAGAAGGAAGAGGCAGCCAAGGAAGAAGCGGUCAAAGAGGAGGAAGCUGUGAAAGAGGCUGUGGUCAAAGAGCCGAAGGAGGAGGCCCAGAGUGAGGGCGCAGCUGCCGCGGCAGACGCACCGCUGAAGGAAGACGGACUGCUGCCCAGAGCGCCCUCUCCGGGCGGAGAGGAGGAGAAGCCGCGGGCUGAGGCGACCGAGGACCUGUGUGAGAUGGCCCUGGACCCCGAGCUGCUGCUGCUGAGGGACGACGGCGAGGAGGAGUUCGCAGGAGCAAAGUUGGAAGAUUCAGAAGUCCGCUCGGUUGCCUCAAACCAGUCAGAGAUGGAGUUCUCUUCGCUUCAGGACAUGCCCAAGGAGCUGGACCCCUCUGCUGUGCUCCCCCUGGACUGCCUGCUUGCCUUUGUGUUCUUCGAUGCCAACUGCUGCGGCUAUUUGCACCGGCGAGACUUGGAGAGGAUCCUGCUCACCCUGGGCAUCCGGCUGAGUGCAGAGCAGGCCAAGCGGCUGGUCAGCAGGGUGGUGACCCAGAACAUCUGCCAGUACCGGAGCCUUCAGUACAGCCGCCAGGAGGGCGUGGAGAGCGGGCUUCCCGAGGAGGUGCUUGUGGGAAACCUGGACCUGCUGCCUGCUCCUGGGAAGAGCACAAAGCCCGGCGCAGCCCCCGUGGAACACAAAGGCCUGGUGCCCCACAACGGCAGCCUCAUCAACGUGGGCAGCCUGCUGCAGCGUGCGGAGCAGCAGGACAGCGGCCGGCUCUACCUGGAAAACAAGAUCCACACGCUAGAACUGAAGCUGGAGGAGAGCCACAACCGUUUCUCGGCCACGGAGGGAACAAACAAGACACUGGCAGCCGAGAUCCAGGAGCUGAGAGCCCGGCUGGCCGAGGCCGAGGAGACAGCUCGGACAGCCGAGCGGCAGAAGGGCCAGCUCCAGCGGCUGCUGCAGGAGUUCCGCAGGCGCCUGACGCCCCUGCAGCUGGAGGUGCAGCGGAUGGUGGAGAAGGCAGACGGCUGGGCCGAGAGGGAGGAGCCAGCGCCCAGCAACUGAGCCUGUGGGCCUGGGAGGUCAGCGGUGGAGCCAGCUGGUGUUAGAGCCUUUGGUACCGGAAAGCAGCGCAGCAGGACCUGGGAGCCUUAGGAGCGGCUGACCCCGUGCUCAGCCUCUGUGAGGGAAGGCAAGCCAUCAGUGUGGGGCCUGGGCGACACGGAACAGAUGUGAGGAACCCCAGUUCCCGUGACAACAUCUUUUGUACCCCUACAAUGUCAUUUUGCCCUCAACCUUGGAAUUCUCCUGGGGCCCUUGUAGUUGUGCUUUCUCCUGUCCUCUUCCGGUCCAGACUUGGGGGAGGAGGAACAGGCCUUGGAGUCUGUGACAAGGUCUGGAGCUGCCGGUAAGCUGGAACGCCAGAUGUGGAGCCGGCCCGGGCCGGCUGCGGAGCCCUUGCCGUGGCGGUGCCAGGUGCAGGCUCCUGGGACGGGGCUCCCGUGGAGGUCAGGGAUGGAGCCUGUGUGCGCUCGGGGCGCGGGGCUGCGGCCCA